UGGCAACGUCGGUGACUCUGCCGGUGUCGCAGUCUGCUCUGAGGUGUCAAAGACAGUCCAUCGAGUCCUGUUUUAAAAUGUUUUCCAGACUUGCAAGACCCAGACAGCCAGCACUCUUGGCCAGUUAGCCAAGAACUUCUCCACUAGCAAUGUGGUUAACAGGAAAGUUGGAGUAAUGGGUGCCAGUGGAGGCAUCGGUCAGCCACUUUCACUCUUGUUAAAGAACUCUCCACUGGUGACUGAGCUCUCCCUUUAUGAUAUUGUACACACACCAGGAGUUGCAGCUGAUCUCUCUCACAUUGAGUCUCCAGCCAAGGUCACUGGCUAUGUUGGACCUGACCAGCUUGCUGACUCUCUGAAAGGAUGCGAGGUAGUAGUGGUUCCUGCUGGAGUGCCCCGCAAGCCUGGCAUGACCCGUGAUGACCUGUUCAACACAAAUGCUUCCAUUGUUGCCAAUCUUGCUAAGGCCUGUGCAGAGAACUGCCCCAAGGCUAUGAUUUGUAUAAUCUCUAACCCUGUAAACAGCACAGUGCCAAUAGCAGCAGAGGUAUACAAGAAGGCUGGUGUUGAUACCGGCCGCAUUUUUGGAGUUACCACUCUUGACAUUGUUCGAGCAAACACAUUUGUUGCAGAACUUAAGGGUUUAAACCCCAGCACAGUGAAUGUACCCGUUAUUGGUGGCCAUGCAGGCAUCACAAUCAUCCCCCUCAUCUCUCAAGCCACACCUUCAGUAUCAUUCCCAGAAGACCAGCUCAAGGCACUCACUGAAAGGAUUCAGGAUGCUGGCACUGAAGUAGUAAAGGCAAAAGCUGGAGCUGGCUCGGCAACUCUGUCUAUGGCAUAUGCUGGUGCCCGCUUUGCAUUCUCCAUGAUACGUGCCAUGAAUGGAGAGGCUGGUGUCGUGGAAUGUGCCUUUAUCAGAUCUAAUGUGACAGAAGCUGCUUACUUCUCAACACCACUCGUUUUGGGUCCUAAUGGCCUGGAGAAGAACCUAGGUCUUGGAAAAUUGACACCAUUUGAAAGCAAGCUUAUAGAGAAUGCAAUUGCAGAGUUGAAAGGUAGUAUCAAGAAAGGUGAAGAUUUUGUUGCUGCCUUGUAAACUUGCGCUCUUAUUUUUUAUUGUAAAUUGAAUUUAUGUAUAUUAAAUUUUUUUAUCUUUAAAGAUAUCUCAGCUUUACACGUAAUUGAAUUUAAUAGAAAUAUUCACUGGUUACAUUGUUUAUAUAAUUUGUAUAUGAAGAUUUAUGAGGACCCUGGUGUGAACUUAUGGUACAGAAGCACAACUGCAUAUAGAAUAUUCAGCUUCUUACAUAGGCAUUGUAUUUACUGUAUAUCUUUACAUGGCAUAGAUUACCCCCGGCUUCACUUUAAGGAAGAUCUUUUGAGGUUGUAAAUAUAAUGUUUUGUUGACAAUAAAAGAAAGAAAAGA